AUGGCCGCCGAGGAGCCCGCCUAUUUCCGUAGUGUUCCUCUUCAGCAAGAGAUCCACCAAAGGGAGCUUCGCUUCGAGCUGUACAUGCGCCAGAUCGAUAAACCCCACGGAGACCAGCAAAAGAACCAGGAAGUUAUAGUGGACAAGAAGCAAGACAACGAGUAUGGCACCCUGGCUGUUCAAGACUGGACCGUACGGGAUGGCCCUGGAGACGAGGCAAAGGAUGUUGCGCGUGCCCAGGGCCUGCAUCUUGGGGCCAGUAGUACCAAGGAAACCACAAUCUGGUUUACCUCUUUCAGUAUAGUGUUUACCGGCGACGGCGAUAGUGAUAAAUUUCCCCUUAAGUUCAAGGGAUCCAGCCUUCAGGUGAUGGGAACCUGGAACGGAGAAGGCAGUACCAAAUUGGCGAUCACCGGUGGGACCGGAGAGUUUGCCCGUGCACAAGGUUUUGCCACUCACACAAUAGACAAAGAUUUUGAGCAUCAUGGCAGCAUCAGGAAGCUUGUGAUCGAUGCUAUGUGCCUCACCUUCCCGACCCCGAAACAAGUUCGUGUAAAGAAGUCGGGACCAUGGGGUGGGAAUGGAGGAGAAGAACAUGACAUUCUAGAGCUGAAACCUCAACGUCUAGAAAGUGUGACCAUUACAAGUGGCAUUGUCAUCAACUCAAUUGCAUUCACCUGCAUCGAUCAAGCCCAACAGAAGCACAACAUUGGUCGUCCAUGGGGCCGUGAUGGUGAACUCCCUGCGGACCUGGGCCGUGAGACGAUCCAUUUUACUCGUUCAGAAAUUGUGAAAGAAGUUUCCGGAACAUUUGGUACUUUUCGUGGAGAUACUAUUGUGACAUCACUUACUUUCGUCACUACUUUGAGGACACAUGGACCUUUUGGAAAUCCAAAUGGUACUGCUUUCAGUGUGCCUAACACUAACAUUGUGGGCUUCUUCGUGCGUGCUGGGAGCGUUGUUAAUGCACUUGGAGUGUAUGAAUUGCUCGAGAAUAACAACUACUAA